AUGGUGGUGUCAUGCGAAACUCUCUUGGAGGCAGCAUGGUGUUCAAUUUGCCAAGAGACUUGCACAGAUGCAUAUCGCCUGCCAUGCGAACAUGUCGUGUGCAGAGAACCCUGUCUGCAGAGGUUGCUCAAUGCAGAACGACCCACCUGCCCAAAUUGCAGAUUAGUCUUCUCCGAGGCAGAUGUGGAGCCCUUUCAAACCGUCGAUGAUUUUCCCAAGCUUAUUCAGGAGCCUUCGCAAACCAAACAACACGCAGAGUCGGCAAAAUGCCCAAUAUGCGUCCGUAAGGUAUAUGCGCCGCUGCAGAUGUCAGAACACUUUUCGAAACGGGUGUGCGGUGACUGUUGGAGAACGGGGGAAAUGCUCCGUGAAUGUAUUAUGGACGAACCUCCCCCGAGAGAACCUUCGCGUGGCAUUUGCCGCAGUGGGGACGUUACGCUGCAGGACAACCAACAGGCCAGGGGAUUAAGAUGUCCAGUGUGCUGUCGAAUGGUAGAAACUCCGUUGCGGAUAUCGGAACACUUUUCGAAACGGGUGUGUGGUGACUGUUGGAAAACGGGCGAAAUGCUCCGUGAAUAUAUUGUGGACGAACCUAUUCAGGGAAAGACUUCGGCUGGCAUUCACCGAAAUAAAGAGGUUGCUGUGCACGACAACCAACAGGCCAGGGAAGGAUGGUGUUCUUUCUGCUCUCAAUGGGUAGACACACCGCUGCAGAUGACACCGUAUUUUUCGGAACCGGUGUGCACUGAGUGCAUGCGGUCGGCAGAAAGGGGCCUUCACAGUAACAGCCGCAAAAGAGGCCAACAUGUUGGUGAGCAAGGCAGGGGAAAUGCUUCUUACUUUGCUCCUGAAGAGGAAAGUGGAAAUCACGUAAGUGGCAUCGAGCGAAUGGCAGCACAGAACCCUCCAGCAACAAGUACACCUCACCUACCCAGGAAUGCACAGCAGCACGCCCGCCAGGAUGCCCAAAGAUCUUCCAGACAGGGGGUUGACAUAUCGGCAGAGGAGACUCAUCCAGCACCCAGAGCACCCAUCCGCGUGAUCGAACCCACCCCUACAGAAAUUUCUGGUGGCAUUCUUUCCAGUGGGGAAGUUUUCUGGCAUAACAACCAACAGAACAGGGGUAAAGAACGAUGUCUCUUCUGCUUCCGAUGGGUAGAAACGCCGCUGCAGUGGACGGCGUACUAUUCGGAACAGGUGUGCAAUGAGUGCAGGAGGUCGGCUGAAAUGGGCGUUCAGAGUAGCAGCCACCACAGAAGCCAAAAUGGUGUUAAGCAAGACAGGGCAUAUGGUUCUUACAUUGCUCCCGAAGAGGAUUGCGGAUAUCGCGUAAUUUACGUCGAACGAUCGGCAGCAGGGAACCCUCCAACAGUCAAUGCUAUUCCCCUGCCCUCGAAUACACCGCAGCUCGUUCACACUACAGUCAACUCUAAGGAUGCCAGAAGGUUUAAAAGACAGGGAAUUGACCGAUGCGUAGAGGAGGCUAUUCCAGCAUCCCGUGCACCUACCCAGAGAGAAACUUCGGCUGGAGUUCGCUGCAGUAGGAUACGUGCUGUGCAACACAACCCACGGGCCGCGGAAACAAGGUAUCCCUUUUGCUAUCGAAGCGCAGGAAGGCCGUUGCAAAUGACGACGUACUCAUCGGAACCGGUGUGCAAUGAAUGCAGGAGGUCGGUAGGAUGGCUCAAGAACAACAGCAUACAACAGGCCGCGGAAGCAAGAUAUCGGUACUGUUCUCGAGGGGGAGAAACGCCACCGCAGAGCACGGAAAUAAGCAGCGGCAGCAGAAGAUGGCAAUAUGUACCGCGGACGGAUUACUUUUCGGAACAGCGUUUUAAUCAUUAUUCGCACUGGAGAACUCAUCCAGGAACUGGCUGCUAA